GGAGAAGCCAUCUUCUACACCAUUGAACUUUGCUCUGCUUCUACAGCAGGGGAUGAGGUGGCAUCGGGGUCCAAUGAACCUGAACUUGAAUUGAGCUGUUGUUUUGCAACUUUCCCACCCUCCGUUUGGGGUGUUACCCUCAGAAGACAAUGCUCCAACCCCGGGUGCCAAUUCGCACUCUGUGCAGGGCAUGUAGCUUUGCGAAGCCUGCUCUGCGCAGAUCAUACGCGCAAGUUGUCGACCCAGUGCACCCGAGUACAUCAGAUCUAGACGGCGCCUUUACGAGCUCCUCACUAGCCGAGCCCGAUGACCGUAUUGGCUCCGCAAAGGAGGAAGUCAAGCUCCGACGAUACACUCCUCGAACCCCAGGUAUUCGUCACUUGGUCAGACCCUUGAAUGAUCACCUGUGGAGAGGCCGUCCUUGGUUUUCACUUACAGCCCCGAAAAAGGGCCAUGCACGAGGAGGGAGAAACAACACCGGUCACGUCGUGGUCCGGCACCGUGGCGGUGGUCACAAGCGAAGGAUCAGAACCGUGGAUUUCAUGCGACAGCAGGGCGGGAAACACCUUGUCGAGCGUAUCGAACACGAUCCAAACCGCACGGCCCAUAUCGCUCUAGUGAGAAAUCUGAAGUCGAACGAACGGACAUACAUCCUGGCGGCCGAGGGUCUACGGGCCGGCGAUAUCGUCGAGAGUUAUCGAAGCGGUCUCCCAGAAGAAUUGAUCAAAGAGAUGGGUGGCACGACAGAUCUGGGUGUGGUUGCUUCGAAAACGGCGUGGAAAGGCAAUUGCUUGAAGCUUGGAAUGAUCCCAGUGGGAACGCCCAUCUUCAACAUUUGCCCGUCGAAGGACUCGGUCGCAAAAAUUUGUCGCAGUGCCGGCACACACGGAGUCAUCAUCGGCAAGGGCGAAGACAGCGUGCAAAAGGAAAUGAUCAAGCUCAUCGGUGAAACCAGCAGCAUGGACAUGACCUCCUUGACGCCCGACCAACUCAUGGACUCUUUGACUCCGGCGCAGUUGAAGAGGUUCGAAAAAGUGGCCAACUACGUGACCGUCCGCCUUGCCAGCGGUGAGGUUCGCCUCAUUGACAAGGAAGCCGUCGCCACGAUCGGUGUCGCGAGCAACGUCAACUUCAAGUACAGACAGUUAGGAAAAGCAGGGCGGUCUCGGUGGCUGGGUAUCCGUCCGACCGUUCGAGGUGUGGCCAUGAACGCGGCUGAUCACGCCCACGGAGGUGGCCGAGGAAAGUCCAAGGGUAAUCGUAUCCCCGUCAGUCCUUGGGGUAUUCCGGCCAAAUCUGGAUUCAAAACUCGACCUAGAAAGAAGAUCAACCACAUGGUUGUCACACCACGGCCUCGGAACCAAGGAAAGCGGCGGAGAGGUCAUGCUUGAAGUGGUAGAUAGGAAGAAGCCUGUACCAGUAUUUAUCAUUCCCUCUAUGUAAAACAAUCGCUGUCACAUGGGUUUUGUUCUGCUUGAUAGAUCUCUACCGCAUUGAAGCCAUUCUUGUCUGUUACAGCACUUGUGGGGUCCAAGAAUGAAAUGGAAUGUAAUGAGGUUUUAACAGAUAUUUCGUGAAAAAUUGACCAUGUCGACCAAAAAAUCUCAAUCUACCAGGUCACAAAUC